AAAAGUGGGUGGGGAAUCAAUUUUGAAGUGUCGGUGGGGAGUAGUUGGACUCGAAAGUCUUUAGGAGUCGUUUGACUUGGCUCACUACAGUUUUCGCUAUGGCGUGUAUAGGGUCGAGUAGGCUCUGUGCUCGUGUAGAGAAAUUGUGCCAGUUCGGACAUUUCGCCCAAUUACGGAGGAAAGUUUCAACGACAUGUGUCAAGUCACGACCCAGAAUCGAGCAGCAGACCAGCACUUUAAUUCAGCACUGUCAGAGUAGAACGAGCAUACGAGACUACAGAACAAGGAUGAUGAGUUCCAUGCAAACGCAACUACCCGGAUCCAUGCCCGAUUACCAAGUCGACCCGUACCGACUUCUGGAAGACGACCUUAAAGAUGUCUACGACAAUAUACGAGAGGUACUCAUCAGGAACACGACGCAGAAGGAGCUGCAAACUAUAGCGACGUACUACUUCGAUGGUAAGGGAAAGGCACUCCGGCCGAUGGUAGCAACUCUCAUGGCGCGGGCUAUCAAUUACCACAAGGAAAGAAACGAUCUCUUGGCGUCGCAGCGGCAGGUAGCGAUGAUCUCCGAGAUGAUCCACAACGCCUCCUUGAUACACGACGACGUAAUCGACCAGCCAGACUUCCGCCGUGGCAAACCUUCAGUGAACGUUGUGUGGAGCCAAAAAGAGGUGACGAUGGCGGGCGAUUAUAUUCUGGCGAUAGUGUCGAUUAUGAUAUCGCAACUUCGAAACGACGAUGUCACCCUCACUCUUAGUCAGGUCGUGACGGACCUGGUGCAGGGUGAAUUUAUGCAACUCGGGUCUAAGGAGACGGAGAACGAGAGAUUCGCGCACUACCUCACGAAAACAUAUCGCAAGACGGCCAGUUUGAUCGCCAAUUCUUUGAAAGCUGUGGCCAUGUUAGGAGGCGCUGACGAUCAGCUGGCGGAACUAGCUUUCCAGUAUGGUAGAAAUGUUGGUUUGGCGUUUCAAUUAGUUGACGAUCUUUUGGAUUUUGUCUCGACAUUAGAAGCAAUGGGCAAGCCCACCGCGGCUGACCUUAAACUCGGUCUUGCGACUGCUCCAGUUCUUUUUGCAUGUGAACGGUAUCCAGAAUUAAAUGCAAUGAUCAUGCGCCGGUUUCAAGAGCCAGGGGACGUUGAAAAAGCUUUCGAGCUGGUACACAAGUCACAAGGUCUCGAUCAGACGAGAUUUCUAGCCCGGAAGCAUUGCGUAGAAGCCGUGAAACUCGCACAAUCCUUAGCUGAAAGUCCAUACCAAAAAGGUUUGCAGGUCGUCUGCGAUUUAGUACUCAAUCGUAUGAAGUAGUGAUGUGAGAAUUCACGAUCGUUACGCGAAAGAGAAAUGAGUAAUGUAGUCGUGAACAGUUGAUGUCAGCACUGGUCACUAACAUUGUCAACCGAAAGUUUUAUCGGAAAGAAAAGAUAGGAAGUACCUUCGAUACGUCAAGCUGAUAACUAGGGCAAAUAUGAAAACCGAGAAGUUCAUGGUAUUCCUUAAAAAUACCUGGUGCGUGUUCAAAACACGCAACGAAUGUGUUCUAUCGAUUAUCACUGAAGAUACUUGCACUUUUAUAGAAACUUGUCCGUUUACAACUUGCAAGUUUAAAAUGGUUAUUGUUAGAAAAUCUUACUAGAGAAUUGUUCGAACUAUUUUAUAAAACCGAGAAAGUUGAUGAAUAACGGGAAAUUAUUUUUAUAAAUUUUCAUAUAGGAAGUUGCGAAGUUUGAUGAUGAUUAUUGUCAGUGUGACAAUGUUGAAACAUGCAUAACGUUAUCAUUGAUAUUAUCUUGGAAUUAAUCGUUUCAAUUUUUUCUUGCAUAUAUUUUCCCGUUGGCAGUAUGUGUUCAAUUAUUCGCGGAAUAAUGGAGACGAUCGAUCAUGAAGUCCUUAGGUAUAUUUUGCAAAAGAGAGAGAGAGAGACGCACCGUAUAAAAAAUGUAAAAAAACGAGCGGCAAUGUUUAUUUCGCUCAACAGCACACAUAUUACCUGAUUUUUAUGGAUAUUGUUAAUCAUAACUGUAAAUAAAAUAAUGUGUAGGAUUAGUUAAACUAUAUUAGAACUGGUAACUCUUCCUGAUUGUUCUCUUACCGAUGGAUAGGCUGAAAUGUUUUUGGUAUGUCAAUAAUGAGAUCACUAAAUUAAAUCAUAUUCUUAUAAAUUACACGCUUAAAGAUAUCACAAACAAAGUUUAUCACGUAAUGAGGAAAUAGAUUUUGCGGAACAAUUUUUUUAUUCUUUUUUUAUAAACAAUAUAGAUUCUUUUAUUAUACAAGCACAUGACAAUAUUGAUAAGACAUGUAAUAUUUCAAGAACAACAAUCGCAAGAGUAUCAGUACUAAACAAUAGUAUAAUUUAAUGUCUUGUUGAAAAUGUGCGAAGAAUGUCUACCAAAGAAGACUUUAUAGUCUUGAUUCUUUCGCUCAUUUCAUAAAAAUGAAUUCUGACUCAUCAAGUAUUGUAGGAAUUAUUUCGAAUUGGCAUAUUAUAUACAACUGAAACUAGUAGGUGUUUAUAUUAUUGUGAAAUUAACCAUAAUUUUUAAUUGAAAGGUUUUCAAUGAUAAUUAAAUACCAUCUUCUACAAGUUUUUUUUACCUUGAUAGUUGCAAAAGAUGCUCAAAAUAUUAUUUACUAUAUAUGUAACUGAACAUAUAGGAAUAAAUGUAUAAUAACUUUUAUUUAUAACGUGAAUUAAUGUAUAUAAUUGCUCUGUAAGGUAACAAAAAUCACUGCUGUAAGAUUAUUAAUAAAAAAUACUGCAAACAUGUAAUUACGAUCAAAUGUAGAUUUAAGUUAGGAUAAAAAUUGGGACAGCAAAGAGAAAGUAAAUGAAGCUCUCGAUCUCCUGCGUAAACACGACUUUUAUUUAUAAAACAUCUGGAUCUGUGUAUAUUGCAGUGAAAAUUUUAUUGUUUCAAACUAGAAAACAGUUUAUACAUAUAUACAUAUAUAUACAAAUAAUUUAUUUAUGACCAUUAACUAAGUAUGGAAGUGAAUACCUUUGACAGUAGUCUUAUAAACGAGCUGCACUGUAUAAAUGUACUGGUACUAUAAAAAGAACAAUGGAAUGUUGUUUAUAUGUAAACAUGCAAUUGUAAAUAUGCGAUUUUUUGUAAGCACGCUCUAGAUGCAUAAUUUUCAAUGUUGAUAAUAGGGAAAAUUUCAGAAUUACAUCAAAGUGGAAUUUUUCUAGCUUAAUUAGAUCGAUUAGCUUCAUUAUUACUAAAUUGUAAACCAUAAGGUUUAAUAUUUUAUUUGUUGUGUUGGGAUCACUAAAUCCAUGUUAUAAAAAUUAUAUACUAUAAUACCUUUUUAAUAUAAACGUUAUACGAAAGUCUGUUUCUUUUUUUAAAGUCUUCAUUUAGUCAUUGUAAA